AUGGUGCAGCGUGGUUGCUUCCUAGCUUGGAAUUUAUGGAGUGAAAGGAACAAGUUUGUUUCCGAGAAUGUUCGCACACCCCUCGAAGUGAUUGCUCAGCGAGUGGCUCGACAAGUUGAGGAACAUGCCUCCUAUGCGGACCGUAUCUAUGCAGGCUCAGGAAAGCAAGCCACGCCUAGUCCUAACAAAUGGUGCACCCCUUCAGGCGGGUUGGUGAAGGUAAAUGCGGAUGCCUCCUUGAGUGAUGAGGGGUGGGUUGGUUUGGGUGCGGUGGCCCGCGAUAAUAAGGGGGACGUUCUUUUUUCGGCUGUUCUUAGAACCAGGGCAUGGUGGCAACCCGAUGCAGCUGAAGCCAAAGCAAUAUACAUGGCUGUUCUUUGGGCGAAGCAUCAUGGAUUGAAGGAGGUGGUUAUUGAAUCAGAUGCCCAGGUGCUCGUGUUUCGCUUAUCCUCGGCAGCUUUGUUUCACUCGGAUUUGGAUGCUAUUUUGUGUGAUAUUGUUAGUUGUCAUUGCUCGUGGUUUAAUGUUAUUAACUUUUCGCAUGUAAGGCGGGAUGGGAAUGCUGUAGCUCAUCACCUUGCAAAAGUAGUGCCAUUUGGUUAUGAACGAUGGGAAUUUCAUUGCCCCAUCGUUGUGUCUCCUUAUGUACUGAUGGACGUUUUGUCCCUGGAUUAA